UGCCGCCGUAGAAUGUUUAAUAUUUUUGUUAAGAACGUUUGAGAUACGUCGAAGGUUGUUUGUUCAAUCUGCAAGGUAACAAAGUUAAAGCUACUGUAUAAUUUUUAAAAUGGCACAGAAGAAUCCGUUUCAUGAAAAGUUAUUGAAUUUAUUAAAAAAUGCAUGGAAUAUUGAUUUAAAUGAUGAUUUAAUAAAAGAUUUGCCUCGAAAAUGGGAAAAACACGGGGAUCUUGUUAUGCUGCCCUCCAAUUGCUUCCACUUAAAGGUUUGGGCUCAACUUCCCCAAGAGCAGCUAUGGAAGUAUGUUGCUGAAGCACUUAACGUAAAUAGAGUGGCACAGCAGAAGAAUAUAUUAAACAGUGACUACCGUUCACCACAAGUAGUUAUGUUGCUUGGUGAUGAUACCUGGGUGACACAUAUUGACAAUAGAAUAAUUUAUAAAUUUGAUAUUACCAAGUCGAUGUUUUCAUCUGGAAACAUCACAGAGAAAAUCAGAAUGGCAAACUUAAAUUGUGAUGGGGAAAUUGUUAUAGAUAUGUUUGCAGGAAUUGGAUAUUUCACUUUGCCACUUCUUGUUCAUUCGAAGGCAAGAUUUGUACAUGCGUGUGAAUGGAAUCCUGAUUCUGUAACAGCAUUGAAAGCAAAUUUACUGCUAAAUAAAGUGGAAUCCAAAUGUAAAAUAUAUGAAGGAGAUAACAGAGUUGUGUGUCCCACUGAAGUGGGUGACCGGAUAAUUCUUGGCCUUAUUCCCACUGCGGAACAAAGUUAUAUUGCUGCAUGUAAAGCACUAAAAGUGAAAGGUGGGAUUUUUCACAUACACCAUAAUGUCACGUCAAUAAAAAACAAUGACACAGAGAAAAUAAACAGAUUAUUUUAAUGGUGACAUAAAAUAUGAAAAUUUAACAUGCAACCGUAAAAUUAAAAAGGAUUGGAUGCAGUGGGCUCUUAACACAUGUAAACAACUUUUAACCAUUCUUAAACAGGUUAAAUCAUGCAACAGCAUGCCGGGUUGGUGUAUAACUUUGGUACACAUUGAACGAGUGAAAUCAUAUGCACCAUGUAUUGAUCAUCUAGUUUUAGACCUAGUUAUUCAUCACAAAUCUUUAAGUACUUAAUCUAUGAAUAUUUAUAUUUUUAAUUUCAUGCUCCCAAACAUGUCUAGUUUAAGUGCACUUAUUUAAGAAACUGUUGGUCCAAGUUGUAGCCUAUUUCUUUUAUUGUAC